GAGCCAAGAUUCUAAACGGCCGCUCUGACCCAGAGGAAAACCUUCACACUGAUAACAAGACGAUCCCGUUUCAUCGGUUGGACGCCGACCGGUCAUUUCAAAAGAUUUAUUGCCGCAGUUCCCCGCUCGCUCCGGUGACUUUUAUAAUUUUGUUUUUUUUAAAAUGUGGUGAUGUAAUGGGCGGGGACCGGGCGGCUGUGGUUCCGGGUGAAAGGUGGAGCAAUGGCGAACGCCGCUAAUCUGAACGCGGUGAGGGAGACCAUGGAUGUUCUUCUUGAAAUUUCAAGAUUGCUGAAUACCGGCCUUGAUAUGGAGUCUCUCUCAAUUUGUGUCCGACUUUGUGAACAAGGGAUCAAUCCUGAGGCCUUGGCUUCAGUUAUUAAGGAGCUGAGGAAGGCUGCUGACUCACUUAAAGCUGCUGAGAAUAUGACUGGUUGACGUCAGCUUUGUGACAGAGAACCCCAUUUUGCUGCCUGUAUCAGGUUGCACUGAAAAGCAUUGAGAUGAAAGAAUGUGUACAGCAAACAAAAACAAAUCAUUUUGUACCACAGAACAUAAAAAUGGAAUGUUGUGGAUUAGUCUGUUGAUAUUGAUAUGCAAAUUGUUGCUGUCUAGGUCCACAAUGAAUUUGUUGAUUGCUAUUUAAAAUAGAUUUGCUUAUUGUGCACUGUUGAGUUAAAAAGGAGCUAUCUGAAAGCACUGACCACUUGCUAGAGGCUGGUUACUAAACCAUACACAGUAUAAUUUAACUUGGAUUAUGUGACUGAAAAUAGUAAUUUUAAGUUUGACUGUAACUGUUACAUAUUGUAAGUACGUUUCUUUGUGGCUUUUGUACUGUACUUCACCUCAAAGUAUGGAAUGACCCCCUCCUAAUGUUUUAUUCAUAUGUCAACAUUGUAUUGUUAAUGUUAUUCAAAUAUGCUUUGUUCUUUUCCUCUUUAGAAUUAUAAAGUAUAACUGACUGUACAGUUAAUCACAAUCUGAAAAUUAACAGUUCAAAUAAUCCAAUUAGUUUACAAAUAAAUCACAUUUGCAAUACUGCAAAUUGUUACACUUGUUAUAACUGUUUCAAUUUAGCAAAACCAGAUUAUGAAAUUUUACUGAAUCCAAAGUUUUGGCAGAUUCAGCAGGCUUUUGUUUUUUUCCCGCAGGAUGCUAUUAACAAAUUCAAUCUCAAAUUAUGGUUUGUGAGCAUUGUGUAGAUUUUAUAGUGCUUCUGUAUAAGUAUACCCUGCCCUUUAAGUCAAUUUUGUAACCUAAUUAUUUCUUGUUUAAAGUUACUAUACAAGCUUAAUGUGGUUUUAUAUAAGUAAUAAAAAUUACAACAAUUCACUAAA